AUGGCUGCAACGACUCACCCAAACUUCAACGCCAAAACCGAAGGCAAAGAAGUGACUGAAGCCUUCAAAGAUGUAGUCGCUGGCAAGACGAUCAUGGUGACGGGCGUCAAUACUGGUGGAAUUGGGUUCUCGACCUCGCAAGCCCUGGCAUCGCAGUCUCCAAAGCACAUCAUCAUCACCGGCCGCAGUCCCGACAAGCUGCAAGCAUCCAUCGACGCCCUCAAGGCAGACUACCCAAACGUAGAUUAUCGCUCUCUGCAGGUCGACCUUUCCAGCCAGGCCUCAGUUCGCAAGGCCGCAGAAGAACUCCUGUCGUGGAAGGAUAUUCCUACCCUCGAUAUCGUGAUCAACAGUGCGGGCGUCAUGGGCGUGGCAGAGCGAACGUUUACCGAAGACGGCAUCGAAAUGCACUUCGGCACAAAUGUGGUUGGGCACUUUCUCUUGACGAACCUCAUCAUGCCCAAGCUCAUCGCCGCAUCGAAGAAGAACCCAAAAGGCGCAACUCGAAUCGUCAACGUGAGCUCCCAGUCGCCAGAAGUCUCAAGCAUCCGCUGGAGCGACAUGAGUUUCGACAAGAAGAACAAAGACCUCCCCACCUCAGAACAGCCCAACUACGAGUAUCUGAAAGGAUGGGGCUACACCGGCAUGGAAGACGUCGCCUACGUCCCCGUCGACGCGUACCACCGCAGCAAAGUCGGCAACAUCCUCUUCGGCAUCGGCCUAAACAAACGCCUCUUCGCGCAGCAUGGCAUCUUCAGCACCGGCGUGCACCCGGGCGUGAUCUUCACCGAACUCGGUCGCAAUUUCAGCGAGGACACCAUGAAGUCCAUCCUGGAUAUGAUGGAGAGCGGGAGGUUUGUGCCUAAGACGCUGGGCGCGGGCGCGUCGAAUAGCUUGACGGCGGCGUUGGAUCCGAAGCUUGCGCAGGUUGUGGGCGAGAGGAAGGAUGGGAAGGACAAUUGGGGCGCGUAUAUGGUGGAUUGUCAGAUUAGUGGGAAUGCGAAUCCGCCGGCGGUGUCGAGUGAUGAGGCGGAGAAGUUGUGGAAGUAUUGUGAGGGGGUAGUGGGUGAGACGUUUGGGUGGUGA